AUGUCUCGCGGCGGUGGUACCACCCUCUACGUGACCGGUUUCGGCCCAGGCACUCGAGCCCGCGACCUAGCUUACGAGUUCGAACGCUAUGGUCGUCUUGUCCGUUGUGACAUUCCUGCUCCCCGCACUGCGGCUAGUCGUCUGUUUGCCUUCGUCGAGUAUGAGAGUCGUCGUGAUGCCGAUGAUGCCUACCAUGAGAUGCACAACAAGAGAGUUGGUCGUUAUGACGAAAUCUUGAAGAUCGAGUGGGCCCGUACUCCUCCAUCUGCUUCAUGGCGUUUCGACGAUGGUCGUGACAAUCCUCGUGCUCGUCCAGGUGGUGAUAGUGGUCGUCGUCGUUCGCCUCGCCGUCGUUCCGUCUCUCCUCGACGUGACCGUGGCCGAGGGGACUACAGCCCGCGAAAGGAUGACCGUCGAGACCGUGACCGUGAUUACGAUCGUCGUGACCGUGGCGACCGUUCCCGCAGCCCGGACGACAGAGAUCGUGAUGUUAAGGAAGAACGUGAUGAACCCCGCGAGAACGGCACCAACGGAGAAGAUCGCAAAGUGUCUAUGGAUUCCCCUCCACCUAGAGAUCAUGAUGAGCUUGAUACAGCUGAAUAG